ACAGUACAGACAGCUCACAAUGUGGAGGACUUGCGCGGUCUUUGCAAUCAUCGCCGCGUGCGUCGCGCUCCCCGCACAAGACACAGGCCCCACAAUAAAUGAUACGGAAAGCAUCGGCGAAUGCCUCAAGAAAGAAUCAACAUCAUGUUUAAAAUAUAAAUUCUUCUCGUAUCUAGACAAAGUGAUCGGACAAAAGGAAACCUUCCCGUUAUCAGAUGGAGUUACAGUUGUAAGGGCUAAUGAUGCGCCCGUGGAUUUCGGAGCGCCAAGAUCGUUAGAUCCGGUUUCAAGGUUGAAAAGAUAUUUGGAAACUCACGCUAUUCGUGUUGAAGUCAAAGGUUCGGAUGUCAUCGACGCGGUUUCCAGUGCAGGACGUGCCUUUGAAGAUACAGUGUCGAGUUUAACAGAAGACAAUGAUGUUACGGAAGAAGGAAGAGGGAAGAAGAAGAAAGCUGCUAAAAUCUUCGGCCCGUUGAUCGCCGCUGUGGUGUUGAAGAUGAUGGCUAUAUUGCCUUUGGCGCUAGGAGCGAUUGCGUUGAUAGCAGGGAAGGCGUUGUUAAUAGGAAAACUGGCAUUAGUCCUGUCCGCAGUUAUAGGAUUGAAGAAAUUGCUAUCACAACAGAAGCAUGUGACAUACGAGGUGAUUGCUCAUCCACAUCAUACAUCCAGUCACACGUCGAGUCAUGAUUAUGGCGGUGCGAGUGGCUACGGAGGUGAUACUGGUGGUUACAGUAGCGGUGGAGGUCACGCAAGCGGAUGGGGACGUUCCAUAGAAUCUCAAAGCUUGGCAUAUUCCGCGCAAAAACCUCAAUAGCUCGCCCCAGUUCAAUGACCUCGUUCCCGUGACGAUUUCUCUACGACCUCUUCAUGUUGAAUUAUUUAUUGUUCGUUGUGUGAAUGUGAUGGAUACAUUUUAUUUAUUUUGACUGAUUAUUUAAGCUUUCAAUUAUCUGCCAUUGAUAGCGCAAGUCACUAUUCUCUUCUUAGUAUGCCUUAUAGGCAUUUUGUAUUUAUAUUUAUGUAUUAUAUACGCCUAAGAUUAUGUAAAAUUA